GAGGCUGCAGGAGGGUGAGAAAAUUAAUUAUUUUACCUAACACAAACAAGAAGAAAAAAGAAAGAAGAAAGAAUUGUUUCUUAUAUUUAAGCCUCUGGAAGAUUCCAAGAGCAGAAGAAUCAAGUCCCUCCCUUUACUCUCCUCCUCUGCCUUACCCAGCACUCUCAGCCAUCCAUGAGUGGGACCAACUCCUCUGCCUAUCGAUCGGAGCGUAGUUUUCACCAGACCUCAUCCUCAUCCUCUGGUAAUCCAUACAUGGAGAAGAGCCGGGGACUGUUUGCUGAGGACUUUGGCUCCUUCAUGAGGCCUGGGAGUGACGCCUUGGGAUUUUCCAGUGGAUCUGGAAAUAUAAAGACUCUCGGGGAUUCGUACCAGUUCACAGUUGACGUGCGAGACUUCUCCCCUGAAGAUGUCAUCGUCACUACGUCCAACAACCAGAUUGAAGUUCAUGCAGAAAAGUUGGCCCAGGAUGGUACGGUGAUGAACACGUUCACACACAAGUGCCAACUACCUGAGGAUGUGGACCCCACCUCAGUGACAUCAUCACUGGGCGCAGAGGGGACCCUGACAGUCAGGGCACGGCGACACCCGGCCAAACACGAGCUGGUACAGACCUUCCGCACCGAGAUCAAGAUCUAAAGAGGGAUCCGCUGUCUCGUCACUUUUUGUGUUUUUAUGCUACUUCCUGUAUUUCCUGUCUUCACUUUAACCAUUCUUCUUUAAAUACUAAGCAGAGUUGGCACUGUGCUCUAUUAAACAUGCCACAACCUCCAUCUCCGUGACUGCAACAACACCUGUUGCUGCUCAAUUAUAGUUAGUUAUUUCACCAUACACAGCAGCAGCAGGUCAAACCUGCACAUAACAUAUUGACACACAGUUCUAAAAAUGAAGACUCACCUCUGAAAUUGAUGGUUGCCACGUUAACAAUAAUUUAUUGUAUGCUAAUAUUUGUGCGAAUAAAAUUAUCCUGCUUUGACAAUAAACAUCUGGCAAUGUGUUAACCCUUUUGAUUGACGUGUGGUAUGACAAAUAGUUUUAAUUACUGUAAAGGUUUGGGCCUGGAGUUUGAAGGAAUUAUAACCUACUUAUACUUUUCAGACAAACAAAAUGAUAAUGGCAUCAGCCUUUUUCUCCUUAACUUUAUAUUGCCGACACUAUGGAGAAGGCUUUGAAACAUCGUUUAGCUUAA